AUGUCGAACCGAUACGGCGGCGGCGGCGGCGGAGGCGCGUCUCCCCCCAAUGGCAACGGCUACGGAGGUCUAGGAACCCCCGGGGGAGGAAGCGAAGAUUAUGACCCUUAUGGAAACGGCUACAACGAUGAUAGAUAUGGCGGAGGGGGUGGCAGUGUCGGUCGUCGUAGCCCGAGGGCUGUCGCUGCUGAUAUGGCACCGCCGCCGCCUCCGUCAUCGACGGCGACGACGGCGGCACGCACAGCCCAGCUAGGUACUAGGAUGAGGUCGGACACGACGAGCGCGGAGCAGCAAAUCACGCAGGUGCUGGAGCACAUCAAGACGGAGUGGCCGAGCAUGUACGAGAGCGACUGCCUGCCGGUGCAGCUGGCUCUGCAGCUGCUGGACAGCAGCUCCGUGGGGCGGGCGCACGAGUACGCCAAGUUCCAGCAGACGCACAUGUACCUGCAGGAGUCGCUCAAGAACAUCGUGCACGAGCACCACCAGGGCUUCAACUCGUCCAUCGGCACGUUCCACAAGAUCCAGAGCAGCAUCCACGCGUCGCAGAAGCGGGUGCGCGCGCUCAAGGAGUCGCUGGCGGCCGCCAAGACGAGCCUGUGCACCACCGACCCGGAGCUCAAGAAGCUCUCGAGCGCGUCCAACAGCUACGACGAGCUGCUGCAGACGCUCAACGAGCUCGACGACCUGCGCACCGUGCCCGACCAGCUCGAGGCCCGCAUCUCGGAGAAGCGCUUCCUAACCGCCGUCGAGGUACUGCAGAGCGCCCUGCGAAAGCUGCGCAAGCCCGAGCUCGACAACAUCGGCGCCCUCGCCGACCUCAGGUCCUACCUGUCCAACCAGGAGACGGCCCUCAUGGACAUACUCGUCGAGGAGCUCCACGAGCACCUGUACCUGAAGUCGCCGUACUGCCAGGACCGCUGGCAGAACCUCACCAAGACGCAGAGCAGCUCGUCCCAGAACGACGCCUACGGCGACGGCACCUCGGCCAUCGUCCCCUUCCACGCCAUCCUCGACUCCGUAGACAUCGACUCGGCCGCGGCCGAGGACCCGAUGAAGAACCCCGAGGCCGACACCUUCUACUACGUCACCCUGCUCGUCGAGGCCCUCAACCGUCUCGGCAGGCUGCAGAACGCCGUCGAGACGCUCAAGCAGCGCCUGCCGGUCGAGCUCUUUGGCAUCGUCAACGAGACCAUCAACGAGGUCGAUCAGCGCCACCCGAGCUCCCUACGCGGCAGCACCAACAAGGGCGACGGCCUGCUCGUCUACGGCACCCGCGAGACGCAGAUGCGGGGCGACGUCAUCCACGACCUCCUCUGGACGCUGUUCGGCAAGUUUGAGGCCAUCGGCGAGGGCCACCGCGUCUUCCACGAGGCAAUCAAGGCCCUGAUCCGCCGCGAGGGCGCGGGCAACAACAGCGCCCUGCUCGGCAGUUUCAAGGAGCUGUGGAACCUGUACCAGAACGAGAUCCGCUCGCUGCUGCACAACUACGUCACUACGGAUGCCGACGUCUACCAGUUCGACUCGCCCAUGCCGGGCGCCACGCUCAACGGCAAGAAGGACGCGGCCCGCGAGCACCUCUUCAAGUUCUCCGAGCUCGACCCCAGGUCCGUCGACAUGGAGACGGAGUUGGAGGCGCUCGAGAACAUCAUCCAGGCCACGGUGCCCGGGCUGACGAGCGGCUCGUCGCGGAGGUCGGCGGCCGAGGGCAGGAAGAACCGGUCCGCCGUGGACGAGGGCAGCUCGCGGCGCGGCGGCGGCGGCGCCAACGGCGGCGGACCGCAACCCACGGGCACGUACAAGGCGCUGGUGGAGCCGAGCGUGUUCAACAUGAGCCUGCUCCUGCCGCCGACGCUGGUGUUCCUGCAGAGGCUCAAGGGCAUCGUGCCGCCGGGGUCGGACCUGGCGACGAGCGCCCUGACGACGUUCCUGGAUAACUUCCUGGUCAACGUGUUCCAGCCUCAGCUGGAGGAGACGCUGGCCAAGCUGAGCGACGGGGUGUUUGGCGAGGUCGACGCCUUCACGCAGGACCCGCACUGGAGCCAGGUGGCGAGGCGGCCGGUCUUCAAGGGGACGACGGCCUUCCUCGGGGUGGUGACGGCCUUCUGCCGGAUGCUGGGGACGAUACCGCCGGACCAGGCGCUCAGCUCGCUGAUCGUGACCCAGAUGAUGCGAUACUAUGAUCGUUGCUUCAGCUGGUUCAAGUCGCUGGUGACCAAGACGACGCAGCAAGAUCCGGGGCAGCAGCAGCAGCAGCAGCAGGACCCGCAGGCGGCGACGGCGGCGGCGACGGCGGCGGCGACGGCACCGACGGACAGCCGCAACCUCCGGGCUUCGGCGCGCUUCGCCGUCGAGCCGGGCGAGCUCCACCAGACUAUGCAGGACAUGUGGACGACCGACAAGGCGGACGCGGCCGGGCUGGCGGCCCUGGCGGAGAAGGAGAUCCGGCUCCUGAUGGAGCAGACCAACGAGUCCAAGCUCGAGGCCGGCGACAUCAUCCAGGACAGCGAGACCAUCUCGCUCCUCUGCCUGCUGUACACGAGCAUGAAGUGGCUGGCCGGGAAGAUCUCGAGCCUGCGACACAUAACCACGCACGACGCGGACUCGGCAAGGCACAACGCGCCGCGCGAGGCCAGCAGGCGCUGGACACUGAUGAACGACGCCGGGGGUAACACGCCGACGGAGCAGCAGCGUCCGGUGUACCUACCACUCACAGCAGAGACUGUUCAAGGAUUCGACAGCAUCGUAUCAUCAUUCGAGGAGCUCGCCCAGACGGCACUCCUGACGCUACACAUGGAGAUGCGCUGCCGGAUCGUGCACUCGCUGCGGACGACGCUGUCGCCCGAGCUGGCGCCUUACCUGCUGGAGCAGGAGGUGACGGAGCCGGACCCGCACAUCCUGAGCCUGAACUCGGAGCUGGUGGUGUUUGACGAGACGGCGUCGCGGUACCUGCGCGAGCGCGAGACGGCCUUUAUCCGCGGCGGCGUGGGCCUCCUGAUCAACGACUACCUGGUGGGCAACGCUUGGAUGGCGUCGCCGAUGAACGCCAAGGGCUGCGGGCGCAUGCAGCUCAACGUGCUGGUGCUGCAGCAGAACCUCAAGAAUAUCGAGCAGGGGGUCGACCUGGCCAGGGCGUCCAACUACUUUGCCCUGUUCGAUGCCGGGCCGGAUCAGAUCGUGGCUGCGGCGACGGCAGGCGGAGACGGGAACGGGGACGGGGACAGGUUCUCACGCGAGGAGCUGAGCAGGCUGCUGGAGCUGUACUUUAGCGAGGAGAUGGCCGACCCCGAGAGGGGGAUUGCCGGUGCGGCCAGGAGGAGUAUGGACGACAAGAUGCAGGCGCUCGCUGCCAAGUACUGA